GCAGAACAGAAUCAAACUACUCUUAAGAGUAAAAGCAAAGUAACAAUUUCUCUCACUCUCCUUUAUCAAUUGACAAUUAAAAUAUAAGCCAAUCGCCAAAAUAUCACUAGAGAAACUCUUGGACCUGUUUCAAUGGCGAUUCACAAGCUUCCACUUCUUCUCUUUCUCUCCAUCCUCCUCUUCCUCAAUCGCCCUGUUCUUAGCGACACCGAGGACAUUCUUCUCACAGGCAUCAACAGCUACAGAGCAACACAGAAUCUUACAAACUUAAGCAAGAACGAAAACGCAGAGUGUCUAGCCGACGAAAUCGCAGACCAGUUCAAGAACAAACCCUGCACCAACGACACUGGCUCAGCCACAGUACCUGGAACCGAGCCACAGUUCCCGAACUACCCUCAGAUGCUAGCCAAAUGCCACUUGAACGUCUCUGACACAAGAGACGGCAUGAUUAUGCCCGCAUGUGUUCCUCGUUUAGAACCAAACCUCGUCCUCACAAACUUCACCAAGUCGCAAUACUCAAUGGGUUUGAACGAUUCCAAGUAUACAGGGAUUGGUAUCGGCAAAGAAAAUGAUUGGAUCGUUGUGGUUCUCUCUACCAGUACACCUGAAGGAAGCUAUUCUACAGAUACAUCUACAGGACAUGAUGAUGAUUCUAAUGGCUUCACUGUUAGUGUUGGUCUCGUUAAUUAUUUGCUAGUUUUCUUCUUUUCCUUUGGUUUCUUCCUCUAUUGAGAUUUUUACAUGUUUUGAUAUGCUUUUAUGUCUCAAACUUCUGUUAGACUUUUUCCUUAUAGACUAUCAAGAAUAAAUUCUGUUAAAAGAUUUUCUCUUACGAUAGAUAAUUGUUUUUAAA